CUUCGUGCUGGUGUGUGAGGUGUCGGUAAAAGUUAGCGUGUUUGAAGCGCCGGUCAUAGACUGUUUCACAAGUGCCUGGACACGCAUGGUAACGCAAUGAGGAGGGUCCUCGCUCUACAGAUGGCACCAUCAUAUAAAAAAUGACCACAGCAGCCAGGCCAACUUUUGAACCUGCAAGAGGUGGAAGAGGAAAAGGAGAAGGUGAUUUGAGCCAACUGUCAAAGCAGUAUUCCAGCAGAGACCUACCCUCUCACACAAAGAUAAAAUACAGACAAACCACUCAGGAUGCUCCUGAAGAAGUUCGCAACCGUGACUUCAGAAGAGAAUUGGAAGAGAGAGAGCGAGUUGCCGCACGGGAGAAAAAUAGAGAUCGGCCAACCCGAGAACAUACAACCUCUUCUUCAGUGUCAAAGAAGCCCAGGCUGGACCAGAUUCCUGCCGCCAACCUUGAUGCAGAUGAUCCUCUUACAGACGAGGAGGACGAAGAUGAAGAUUUUGAGGAGGAGAGUGAUGAUGAUGACACGGCAGCGCUCCUUGCAGAACUAGAAAAGAUUAAAAAAGAAAGAGCUGAAGAGCAGGCCAGGAAGGAACAAGAACAAAAGGCCGAAGAAGAGAGGAUCCGGAUGGAAAACAUUCUGAGUGGAAACCCACUCCUUAACCUCACUGGCCCGUCCCAGCCGCCAGCCAACUUCAAAGUUAAGAGAAGGUGGGAUGAUGAUGUUGUCUUCAAGAACUGUGCAAAAGGUGUAGAUGAUCAGAAGAAAGACAAGAGAUUUGUAAAUGAUACACUGCGAUCUGAAUUUCACAAAAAGUUCAUGGAGAAAUAUAUUAAGUAGUACAGUUUUAUGUGCUCCGCGAUUAAAAGUGUAAACUGUAAAGGAGUGUUCUGGCUUUAUUCUAGUUAGGUUCCCUUGACUCCUCCUCCCUCCUCAUUGUGUAUAGGUUUCCCUAGUUUUAAAUUGCAGCAUUUCUUCUGAUUGUUUGACGUUGUUUGCCAAUGGACUUGAAUUUUUUCCUCCAAUGUUUCCAGCCACGUGUUUUCUUUUUAAUAGCAGAGGAAAAGAUUUGGCUUUUAAUAAAUAUUUUAAUAGUCUAAACACCAAAUAUGUGUUCCCAACAUGUUGCUUGUGUAGUUGAUAAGGAGUUGCAUGUGUUCUUUUGAAAAGAAAAGUGACUUUUAUAUUUUUUUGCUGCAUUAACUUUUUUUUUUCUGACGCUAAUUUGUAAGGUCAGUUACUUCCUGAUAUUUUCUCUAGCUUUGUAAAGAAUGUGAUGACAGAUGGAUGCGUUAGGUGUGGAAGAGUGUCAUCAAUCAGUGCCCCAAGUUUGUGUCUGAGGGAGCAUGGGGAUGUCUCUUGAUUUUGCAGCCACUCCUCUUCUCUGGCCUUCUGACAAGGGCCCCGUGGGCACACGUGGGAACCCAGGGCACUCAUCUGUUCUCAGGGCUUCCAGUGGUUUCUCUGUGGUUUGUCCCCAUGUUGAGAACUUGCAUUUCCACCUGAGCUAAUGAAGCAAAAUCUACUGUUCACAAGAUUCCCCCAUGAGUUAAAGAUCCUCAGGUGAUUCUUAACUAUAAGUUGUUCUCAAAAAGUUCAUUAACACAAAAUUUGAAUAUUUCUAUUAUAAUUCUUAAAAAGCCUUCAAUGUUAAAACUUUAUUUUUAAUUAAAAAUGGCAAUAUAAAUACCUGCCUAUAGCUCUAACUUCAAUGAGUUAAACGGCAAGAGCUACUUAAUUAAAGUUGCUGAGUUUGAAUGA